CUCCUGUCCUUAACACUAUUCUUCUCACAGUAUAACUUAGCCAUGGGUGAUUCAGACUUUGACGACGACGAACUAUUCAAAGAUCUUUACGGUGAGGAGAAAGAGUCCAAGCCCGAAAUCCCCGCAAAAAACGAGCAAUUGGAAAAAGAGAGCGGUGCUGGAGAGUCAGAGGAAGCAGCAACCGAUGGAAAGAAUGCAGAGGACUCAAGGGAGGAAAAACAAAGCAUUCCCAGCCCUCAACCGAGAAGCGUUGAUGCGACCAGCACUGGCGACGAUUCAUACGGAGCACGACAAAGUGCGGAACCUACGGCACCAGUAGAAGCCCCUCAGGAGAGGCAGCAUACGGAACAAAAACCUGCAGCUCAAGAAGAGCAACAGAGUCCUUUCAAUCGUGAGGAUGGAAAAAUGUUUAUUGGUGGUUUGAACUGGGAAACAACGGACGAGUCUCUCCGUGACUAUUUCGAACAGUUCGGCGAGGUCCUUGACUGUACUGUCAUGCGCGACAGUACUACUGGACGUUCGCGUGGUUUUGGUUUCUUGACCUUCAAAGAUCCCAAAUGCGUUCAAGUUGUCAUGUCUAAAGAACAUCAUUUGGAUGGAAAGAUUAUUGAUCCCAAAAGGGCGAUUCCCCGUGAAGAACAAGAGAAGACUGCUAAAAUGUUUGUGGGCGGUGUUCCUGCUGACUGCACAGAAGAGGAGUUUCGUGACUUCUUCAAUCAGUUUGGUCGUGUCCUUGAUGCUACCUUAAUGAUGGACAAGGACACUGGCCGGCCAAGGGGUUUUGGUUUUGUCACUUUUGAAAACGAAGCUGCGGUGGAGAAUACUAUGUCGCAGCCAUAUAUCACCAUUCACGGAAAACCCGUGGAGGUCAAGCGUGCAACGCCAAAAGCCAGCAUGCGUGAUCAGCAUGAUCGUCAUCAGCAAAUGCCAGGCAGUUAUGGUCAAGGCAAUCAAUACUUUGCACAAAAAUAUGAACAUGUAUGGCGGCAUGACGCCCUGCCAUGAUGGCUCAGUUACUACCGUCAAAAUGCAGCAGUAUAUGGAAGCUGUACGAAACCAUGCCGGCAGCGGCAGCAGCCGCCGCCGCUGCCGCUUCUGGUGGCAUGCCCCUAUCCCCAAGGAACCCCGGGUAUGCCUUCUGCUGCCGACUGGGCUCAACAGCAGCAGCAGAUGCAGGCCGCCUCUUCCCACUACGACCCGUCUUCAGGACGUGGAGGAACGCCUAACUCGAAUACGGAUUCGUACGACGGCGGAAACAAGCCCGAGUACGGUUCACGCGGCCAAGGCGGCGGUCGGUCGUCAUCGAACAGACAGCGCUAUCGUGGUCGUAGAGGAGACAACCGGGGCGGUUCUGGCAACGGCGGAGGUGCUCAAAGCUUCCAUCCUUACCGUCGUUAAGCUCUCUUGGAUCUGGUCCUUGGCUUAGCGAAAUCACUCUUUACACCGCCUUGUGUGUGUAUGUAUCAUCGUUUAGGGCCUACAAAAAAAUUGUCGUUACAAUAAAGGAGGAAAAAGAUUAUCCGACCGUCUGCCUGUAUAAAAGCGACAUCGGUUUUAUGGUGCUUGUGUGAUAACGAUGCCACCUACGAAUGAACAAAAUGAGUACAGGUUACACACAAGCACCGUUUUUCACAUAGCCGUCAGUAUGUUGCAGACAGGCAAUUUGCGUCCAGGUUUUGCAAGUUCAGUAUGAUGUUCCUCCCUAAACUUGUGUUUUCGUCUUAUGGCUCUUACGUGCACAUCUACACAACCCGCUGACUUUCACGUGUUACACUUCAUAACGGAUUUCCGCACUGUCAUCCCAAAUACAAAAAAGCCAUUUUGUUAAUUCGAAAAGUUUAUGCAUCGUCGUCCUCGUUGCCACCCCCCUCCUUCCAUCCCGCACGUAGAGACACACCCGUUGUGGAGCUUCUCAUGAAGGAAUUGUUAACCAUGUCGUGAGUUAUGAUUCACAUAAAGAAACAAAGCAACUGUAGUUUUUGAUUCGUCCUACUAUUGCAUCCACAGACCGGAUCUUGUAAAUUAAUCAUCUACAAUGUUGUGAUGUGUCUGAUACUAUUCAUAUCCCUCUAGUAACGUGUAAUA